CGCCCAAAUUGAACCACUUCUCGACAAAAUUAAAUUGAAAGCGAAAGGUCAAGAGGACAAGAGAAGACUCUGGAAGACAAAGAGGGAGAAACAAAUUUGAGUAAUGCCAAGCAGCAUUAACAAACUUGGCUGAAGUGAGGAUUUUUGGGCUUUUUAAUCCUGCAUCAAGAUUUCAAAGACAAUCUUGUCCUAAACAAAUGAGCUUUUGUUCUUUUGGAUUUGUUUAAAGGAUGGCUGUGUAAGGAGGCAUACAUGAAGUCACCCUCCCUGCUUCCAAUGUUCCCAUUUAACAUUAACAACACAAGCCUCCUCAGACAGUGCUGUAAACUCUGAUCUUUAGAAGAAGAAAACAGUUUAAUAAAAACAUUCAACUUAAAUUAACACCAUAUCUUAAUUACCAGAUGUAUAUCCUGCUGCCUAACAUGCACAUUUACUGACCUACAAACUUUACAACCCCCUCGAGGAUUUAAUUCAACUUUACAACUGCCAGACAUAUUCAAUUAAAAGGAGCCACAGCUCUGUAUCUGAAGCCAUGGAUGGGAGAACAGAGAGCGUCCAGGAUUUCUUCAACCAACUUUGGAGCUUCGCUACGGACAAACACAACCAGGGGGUGUAUAACACCGUCUGCCUGGUGGUCCUCUUAACUCUUCCCCUGCUGGUCCUCCUCACUACUUUGGUGGUGUGCUGCCACUGCUGCUUCUGUCGCCAUGCCAACAACUGCUGUUGCUGCAAAGAUGCCAUGGCAACCACAAGGUCAGAAACGAAGAAGAGAAAGAACUCCGCUGAGGACUUGUGGAUCUCUGUCAAGACGGGGCCGAUGACGCCCGACAGGGUCGCCCUGGCCAUGGUGUAGGAAUCCUUUUUUGUUCUCACUUUGAGAUUUCUGAUCCUGGGUCAGUUGGUGCAGUUAAACUAGCUUAAACUAGCUUGGACUCAAAAGACGUUGUUCAAACUAACGGGAAGGACCUCACAUUGUAAUGGGCACAGAUUUAGCCGAAAUACGGGAACAGAUUCUUGUUAUUAUGUAUAAUAAUGCUGUUUGUGGAGAAUGUUUACAACAUUUGGUAUGACAUAUGCAGAGGCAUACACAUACCUGCAAGUGUGUGUGUGUGUGUGUGUGUGUGUGUGUGUGUGUGUGUGUAUGUUUGUGUGUGAGUGGGUUAGAAAGAGAGAGUGUGUGUGAGAGAGAAGUACAGUGUUAUCAAGAACACUUUGUUCUUAGAGCUCCCAUGUGAAAUUCAGAGCAACUGUAUUUAGGAGAGAGAGACAAUUUAAGGUCUGCCCAGAGGUCAGAUGGCUGUAAUCCCGCCUACUUUUCCACCCAGGCAGCAAUCUAGACUCGUGAUUGAGUCUCUCUUCUAAAAAAAAAAAAGCUACUGAUGCGAAAAAAGUUUUGAAGAAAACUAUUACUUUGAUGUCUUUCCACAUACUUAAUUUGAUAGAGUGUAGGCCACAGUUCUACUAGUUUUAUUUUUGAAUGGCACAGCAUUCAAGUCAAGUGAUCCUUAAAUGCACAAUUCAUAUUGUAAGGAAAAACAUAAUAUUGAAAUCUGUUCUCCUUCCCAAUUUUGUAUGUACUGAUUAACGGUAUCUUUAUCUUCACUGUAUGCUUGUCAGCGUGGUCCUAAAUGUUCUGAUGCACAUCUCUUAUUAUUUCAUCACUGUAUAUCAAAAAAUAUGAUUGUCGUUGAGUUGUUAAUUUCCCUUGUUAAUUGUUACUAGAGAUAUUUAGGAUUAAAAUGACUAUAUAAUAUUACGGAGUAAAAUGUAGAUUUCUUUCAACAAAGAAUGAGCAACACAACAGAUAAUUGUAUUUUAUAUGUUUUAUAUUUUUUUAUUUAUCUUAAAUUGUCCCUAUAGUGAUUUUAAUUGUAAUUCUCUGAUAUUUGACAUUGGUCUGGGUUUGUUUAAAUCAAUCAUGUAUGUACAUUCAUCUGCAUUGAAUUACGUUCAUUUGAGAAUCAAACAAUCUCAGUCAAAGUCAAAUUAUUAAACUCUGCAUGUGAAUACACAAUAUAUUGUCAAAGAAAAUUAGUUUAAAAAGUAUUCAAAAGCUAUUUCUGAAAUGAGUCAAUUAAAAAGGAAAGAAGAAAAUAA